AUGGCCUACCUACCUGCUCCGGAUCCGCUGAUGCUUCUCACCCUCUCUACCAAAGAUCUCUUGGGUUCCGCUGAACCUGCUGUUGAGGGUGACGAACUGGACGUCACUCGCACCAACGCACCCAAGUUGGCGGCUCCGGAUGUUGUGCCAGAGGCGGUCAAAGACACCAUCACUUCGCAGGUGUCCAAGGCUGCUGAAGACGGGCUGAGCUUGGGGCAGAAGGUUUUCUUGCUAGCGAUCAUCUUGGCCGUUGUGGUUGUCUUUCUCCGCACGCGUAAAAGCCAGUCUGGCGCUGCGGCCUCUGGCAAGAGCAAAAGCCUGGUCUGA